UUCCAGGCAGGCAGAGAGGGAGGAAGGGGAAGGGCGGGCUGGUUACGUGUGUAUGCAUGUCUGCUCUGCGCCGCACUCGGGAUUGACCAGAGUCAAAAGCCGAUUAGCGUUAUCUCUUUUGUGUCAUUUUGUUCUCGUCCACUUGAGGCUUCUCCACGUUGUCACUGAAGUUGUGAGCGAGCGAGCCAGUGAGCGCUAUGGGUUCCUCGUCGGCGUCUCCGGGCGCGAGCUGCUCCGCGGACUUCGGGUUUCGGACGGCGGCACAACUUUUACGCGCGGCUCGGCGUCGUUGAGCACUGAGCCUCCCGGCACCGGCAGGGAAACUGUCCCCUCGAGGAUGGCGGCCAAGCGUUGAGCGAGAGAAAAGGAAGAAAACCGUCUGACGAUGCAGAAGAGCGUGCGUUACAACGAGGGCCACGCGCUCUUCUUGUCGGCCGUGGCGCGCAAAGAGGGUACCAAGCGCGGCUACCUCAGCAAGAAGACGGCCGAGAACAGCCGCUGGCACGACAAGUUCUUCGCCUUGUACCAGAAUGUCCUCUUCUACUUCGACAACGAGCAGAGCGCCCGUCCCGCCGGGAUUUACCUGUUGGAAGGCUGCACCUGCGAGCGCGCGCCCGCACCCAAAAUGUCCACCACGGGGAAGGAAGCCUUGGAGAAGCAGCACUACUUCCUCGUGGUGUUCGGACAUGAUGGACAGAAGCCUUUGGAGCUGCGAACAGAGGAGGAGGUUGAGUGCGACCAAUGGGUGGAAGCCAUUCAGCAGGCCAGUUAUUCUGAUAUCAUCAUCGAGCGAGAGGUGCUGAUGCAGAAGUACAUCCACCUGGUACAGAUAGUGGAGACGGAGAAAGUGGCGGCAAAUCAGUUGCGCACACAACUGGAGGACCAGGACACGGAGAUCGAGAGGUUGAAAGCGGAGAUCAUUGCUCUUAACAAAACCAAGGAGCGAAUGAGGCCUUACCACGUCAGCCAUGAAACCGAAGACCCGGACAUUAAAAAGAUCAAGAAGGUGCAGAGCUUCAUGCGUGGCUGGCUCUGUCGCAGGAAGUGGAAAAUCAUCGUGCAGGAUUACAUCUGCUCCCCUCAUGCUGAGAGUAUGAGGAAGAGGAACCAGAUUGUCUUUAACAUGGUGGAAGCAGAGACAGAGUACGUCCACCAGCUCUACAUCUUGGUCAACUGCUUCCUCAGACCGCUGAGGAUGGCUGCCAGCUCCAAGAAGCCACCCAUCAGUCACGACGACGUCAGCAGCAUAUUCCUCAACAGCGAGACAAUCAUGUUCCUACAUGAGAUUUUUCACCAAGGCUUGAAGGCCAGGAUUGCCAACUGGCCCACUCUGGUGCUGGCGGACCUCUUCGACAUCCUGCUGCCCAUGCUGAACAUCUAUCAAGAGUUCGUGAGGAAUCAUCAGUACAGCCUGCAGGUUCUUGCCAACUGCAAGCAGAACAGAGACUUCGACAAGCUGCUCAAACAGUACGAGUCCAACGCCGCCUGUGAAGGGAGGAUGCUAGAGACCUUCCUCACCUACCCCAUGUUCCAGAUUCCUCGUUAUAUCAUCACACUGCAUGAGUUAUUGGCACACACGCCUCACGAGCAUGUAGAGCGCAAGAGUCUAGAGUUUGCAAAGUCCAAACUGGAGGAGUUGUCCAGAGUCAUGCAUGACGAGGUGAGCGACACCGAGAAUAUUCGAAAGAAUCUAGCCAUCGAGAGGAUGAUUGUUGAGGGUUGCGACAUCCUGCUGGACACCAGCCAAACCUUCGUCAGGCAGGGCUCUCUCAUCCAGCUGCCGUCGGUCGAGCGAGGCAAGCUCAGCAAGGUGCGACUAGGCUCGCUCUCCCUAAAGAAGGAAGGGGAGAGGCAGUGCUUCCUUUUCACAAAACACUUCCUGGUGUGCACGCGUAGCUCGGGUGGCAAACUGCACCUCCUCAAGCAAGGCGGUGUCUUAUCCCUGAUCGACUGCACCCUCAUCGAGGAACCGGACGCUGGAGAUGAAGAGGCAAAAGUUGGGGGUCAAGUGUUUGGCCAGCUGGACUUCAAACUGGUGGUGGAGCCGGCUGACUCUGCUUCGUUCACCGUGGUGUUGCUGGCGCCCUCGCGGCAGGAGAAAGCUGCGUGGACCAGCGAUAUUAGCCAGUGCAUAGAUAACAUCCGCUGCAAUGGCCUGAUGACCAGCGUCUUUGAAGAGAACUCCAAAGUCACCGUGCCUCACAUGAUCAAAUCCGAUGUGCGUCUCCAUAAAGAUGAUGUUGACAUUUGCUUCAGCAAGACGCUCAACUCCUGCAAGGUCCCGCAGAUCCGCUACGCCAGCGUGGAGCGUCUGCUGGAAAGGCUGACUGACCUGCGCUUCCUCUCCAUCGACUUCCUCAACACCUUCCUGCACACCUACAGGAUCUUCACCGCCGCCAGCGUGGUCAUGGACAAACUAGCCGACAUCUACAAGAAGCCAUUCUCUUCCAUUCCUAUCAGGGCGCAGUACCACUCAUUUGACCGUCUGUCCAUCUCAUCCAUCUGUCCCGACUACAGUCUGAAGAUCAAGAAGAUGGCCAUGGAUCCGUCCAAGUCCUUGGAACUAUUCUUCGCUACCAACCAGAACAACAGAAGUGGCGAGCAUAUGAACGAGAAAUCUCCUCAUCUCUGUCGCAAGUUCUCCUCUCCCCCUCCACUCUCCAUCUCCUCCCGCACUUCCUCACCCGUGCACGUCCGCAAGCUCUCCCUGCAUUCACCCGUCAGCGGCAGGGUGGCCGGCCUGGACUUAAGCGGUAAUCUCUCGGGAGUCAACCACAACGCGUCCCAGUCGGCCACCGGCAGCCCCACAUCGGCCCACACGCCACAGACCCCGACUUCACAGACCCCAACGCCAACCGCCACUUCUCCCCCUCCGCCUCUCUCCGCCACCUCUCCACUGCAAGACCAAAUGCCCCCAAUGGCCUCAUCUCCCGACCAGAGUCCGAGCCUGAGCACGGAAGGCGAUGACGUACCCAAGAUCGACCCUUUUUGUGGCAAACUGAGAAGAAGCAUACGAAGAGCUGUCUUAGAGUCCGUGUCACUGGAGAAAAUCAUUCCUGAGUCUCCUCAAGGCAGUGAAGCAGGAGACAUGUCCCCAUGUCGCUCUCCGUCCACGCCGCGACAUCUCCGCUUCAGGCCCCCGGGAGUCCAGUCAGGGGAAAACUCGCGCUGCGCAGUUUCUCCUGCCUCCGCUUUUGCCAUCGCCACAGCAGCAGCGGGGCAUGGCACACCACCAGUGUUCAACAACUCUGAAAGAACUUGUGAUAAAGAAUUCAUCAUCCGACGCGCUGCAACCAACAGAGUUCUAAACGUGUUGAGGCACUGGGUCUCCAAACACUCACAGGACUUUGAAAUGAACGGAGAACUGAAAAUUUCAGUCAUGUGCCUCCUGGAGGAAGUCCUCCGAGACCCGGACCUUCUGCCUCAGGAGAGGAAAGCCACUGCCAACAUACUUAGUGCCCUCUCUCAAGACGAGCAAGAUGAUGCCCAGCUGAGGAUUGAAGAUAUAUUGCAAAUGGCAGACUGUCCUAAGGUGGAGUGUUUUGAGUCAUUGUCUGCAAUGGAGCUGGCCGAACAGAUCACUCUGCUGGAUCACAUCGUCUUCAGGAGCAUCCCUUACGAAGAGUUCCUGGGCCAAGGCUGGAUGAAGUUUGACAAGACAGAGAGGACCCCAUACAUUAUGAAAACAAGUCAACAUUUCAACGAUAUGAGUAACCUGGUGGCAUCACAGAUCAUGACCCACACAGACGUGGGAUCCAGAGCCAGCUCCAUCGAGAAGUGGGUGGCUGUAGCCGACAUCUGCCGCUGCCUCAACAACUACAACGGUGUGCUGGAGAUCACGUCGGCGCUUAAUCGCAGUGCCAUUUAUCGCCUGAAAAAGACGUGGGCUAAAAUCAGCAAACAGACUAGAGCACUGAUGGAUAAACUGCAGAAAACCGUGUCCUCUGAGGGAAGGUUUAAAAAUCUGAGAGAGACCUUAAAAAAUUGCAACCCUCCGUGUGUGCCCUACUUGGGAAUGUAUCUGACGGACUUGGCCUUCAUUGAGGAGGGAACGCCAAACUUCACUGAAGAAGGACUUGUCAACUUUUCCAAAAUGAGAAUGAUUUCACACAUUAUCAGAGAGAUCCGGCAGUUCCAGCAGACGCCCUACAGGAUAGAGCAUCAAGUUAAGGUAACACAGUACCUCCUGGAUAAGACUCUGAUCAUGGACGAAGACACCCUCUACGACCUCUCACUGAAGAUUGAACCUAGGCUUCCUGCCUGAUCGCUAGCGGCCCCCAUUGGGCAAGCCGGAGCCUGAUGAACUAGGACCCUCCGACCAAGUCUGCGCUACCGUGCGAUCUCGUGCAACUGCCUGAAGAAGAAGCCCAGGAAAUGUUUUGCAGACUGGGAACAGAAUGACCGAUGGUCCUCAAGAAUGGCGUGAGAUAAAUGAGGUUGAAGGUUUUAAGGAAAGAGCAUAAGGUGCUGCUACCUCCUCUCGCGGUUCCUCGGAGCGGCACCACUCGGUGGAGGGAGUGGAUCGAUUGAAAUGUAGCAUACAGAGAGAGCGGGACAGCCAGAUAGCAUUUCCGUGUCAGCGUAUGUAUUGUGUUGCGCCUCGUCCUUGUGCCACUGAAAAAUGCUUUCGCCUGAAUUUGCAUGAUUUCAGCUUGGGGUGUAAAUGUCUACAUGGCCUUCAGGUUCAUCUGACUCCUUCUACUUAGUACUAAGGCUUGCAUGCCUUAACUCAUUGGCUGCCAUUCACGGCGAUAGACGGCCAGUCUUGGAAGUGGGAGAGCUGACAGUGAUCCUUCACCGACAGCUAUCUCAGUUCUUAUGGAUUGGACGUAUAUCCCUCUCAAUAAUGAAUUAGUCAUUUUUCUGGCUGGAUCGCAACACUCAUCUUUAAAUUCCCUGUAAAGUGAAAAUGACUUGUGAAUUGAAACUAGGAAUGGGUUUACUAACAAUUUAAAAUUGCGCAGAAUAAUGGAUGAUACUCAAAGGCAACUUGCGACUGACAUUCAAAUACGUAUACCACUAGUGCCAUUUUAGCCACGAAAAAAAUAAAUGAAUAUAUACUGUAACGCAAUGGGUUCUAUUUUGGUUAACACAGAUAUAGACUAUAUCACAUUACUCAUAAGAAUAUAUCAAAUAAUUUAUGAUACAGUAUAUGUAAAACAAAUUGAAAUGAACUAUGGCCGCCUGAUGAGCGCACAUGCCCUCUACUGGCCAUCUUGGAACCUACAGGCAACAACAACUCUGCAAUUGUUUAAUCUAAUUAAUCAGCCCUGAGACAAAAAAUUAAAACCUGGGCUCUGAGGAUCAAUGUCGAUACGUCCCCAGACAAAACCUAUCAAAUUUCAUUCUAAUCCAACCAUGAAUAACGGAGGAGUAGCAAUUUUAGUUAUUGUCCACAUCCAAGAAGAACUACAUUUAAACAAGUUAGAUCUUGAGCCCUCUCUCCAGCUGGUCUAAAAAUAUUGCAGACUGUUGAGGCACAGAGGCCUCAGAGUAGUGAUUACACUCCUUUGUAUGAUGUGAUAAUACUGCUACCCGGUGGCCGAUGCAGGCACAAAAAGAGCAAUAUUUAAAAAAUGAAUUCAAGCAUUUAAUCUUUAUUCUAUUCAAUUACAUUGUAUUUAAUUACAGUGAAAAAAAUAAGUAUUUGAACACCCUGCUAUUUUGCAAGUUUUCCCACUUAGAAAUCAUGGAUUAUUAUAAAAUAAUAAAUAAAUAAAUAAAGAUAAUUAUGAAAUUGUCAUUGCAGGUGCAUGUCCACUGUGAGAGAAAUAAUCUAAAAAGAAAAGUCCAGAAAUCACAAUGCAUGAUUUUUUAACUAUUUAUGUGAUACAGCUGCAAAUAAGUAUUUGAACACCUGUCUAUCAGCUAUAAUUCUGAUCCUGAAAGACCUGUUAGUCCGCCUAUUAAAAGUCCACCUCCACUCCAUGUAUUAUCAUGAAUCAGAUGCACUUGUUUGAGGUCGACAGCAGCAUAAAGACACCCGUCCACCCCAUUCACUCAGUAAUACUCAAACUUGUAACAUGGUCAAGACCAAAGAGCUGUCCUAAGACACCACAGACAAAAUUGUUCACCUCCAAAAGGCUGGAAAGGGCUACGAAGCAAUUGCCAAGCAGCUUGGUGAAAAAGGUCCACUAUUGGAGCGAUCAUUAGAAAAUGGAAGAAGCUAAACAUGACUGUCAAUCUCAAUCGGACUGGAUGCCCAUGUAAAAUAUCACCUCAUGGGGUCUCAAUGAUCCUAAGAAAGGUGAGGAAUCAGCCCAGAACUACACGACAGGAGUUGGUCAAUGAUCUGAAAAGACCUGGGACCAUUGUUUCCAAAGUUACUGUUGGUAAUACACUAAGACGUUAUGGUUUGAAAUCAUGCAUGGCACGGAAUGUUUCCCUGUUUAAACCAGCGCGUUUCAAGUCCCGUCUUAAGUUUGUCUAUAACCAUUCGGAUGGUGCAGAGGAGUCAUGGGAGCAAGUUUUGUGGUCAGAUUAGAGUACAAUAGAACUUUUUGGUCAUAAUUCCACCAACCGUGUUUGGAGGAAAAAGAAUGACUAGUACUAGCUCAAGAGCACCAUCGCUACUGUGAAGCAUGGCGGUGGUAGCAUGAUGCUUGGGGGGUGUUUUUCUACGCAUGGGACAGGACCAGUGUUGUUAAUAACGGCGUUAGAAUAUAACGGCGUUAUUUUUUUCAGUAGUGAGUAAUCUAAUUAAUUACUUUUCUCAUCUUGGCAACUCCGUUACCGUUACUGAGGCGGGAAAGGCGUGCGUUACUAUGCGUUACUAUUGGUUCAAUGACGGGAGAAAAGUCAGACGGACUCAUGGAGACGAGAGAGCAGAGCAGGAGUGGAGAGGAGUCAAGGGAGUUGUGACGCUGUUGCAAACGCGGUGCUAGGUCGCUCCAAUAAUAUCUGACUGUAGCCGAUAGCCUACAAACUACGCCCACAUGAUGCUACUGAAGAUAUCACUUAUUAUAGAACUAGAUGCAAAUGGCAGACACGGCAGCAUUAGCAACAUGUAUAAAGAACUAGAUGCGUUAGUAAACAGCCGCCAUCUUAAAGCUGUUGACCUCUCAGAAAGGCUCUGUUGUAGAGAAACUUCCUAGAGAAUCUAAGUGGCUUUAUUGAAGAUGCUCCUAAAUCGGCAAAAUCUUGACUUAAAUCCAUCUCUAAAUGAUGAAAGUUUUAAAACUUCCACAUGUCGAAAGUAGACAGAAGGGAACUAAUGCAAUAACGGGAGCAAUUUUAACAACUUUAACGGUUGAUUCACAACAUUAAAUGACUUCCAUAGCAAAGGUUACUCUCUAGUUAUCGCAAUAUCCACAAUACCCCUGUGUCUGGUUAAGUUUAGGGUAAAGAAUUGGGCUAGGGCCAAUUGUCCCAAGAACCCUUUAAACUUCACAUUGUGUCACCUGUUUUGUUGUUUUUUUUUGGGGGGGGGUAGAGAAAAAAACCAUGAAAAUUAUCACCGGUUACUUUGCCAAGUAACUAAUUACUCUUACAUUCAGGUAAUAGAGUUACUAACAAAAUUAUUUUUUGGGAGAAGUCAUUUAUAACUGUCAUUACUUUUUCAUGUAAGAUUAACAACACUGGACAGGACGAGUGGACUGUAUUAAAGAGAGGAUGACUGGGGCCCUUUAUUGUGAGAUUUUGGGGAACAAUCUCCUUCCUUCAGUCAGAGCAUUGAAGGUGGGUCGGCAUGGGUCUUCCAACAUGACAAUGACCCGAAGCGCACAGCCAGGAAAACCAAGGAGUGGCUCUGCAAGAAGGUUCUAGCAUGGCUUAGCCAGUCUCCAGACCUAAACCCAAUAGAAAACCUUUGGAAGGAGCUCGAACUCCAUGUUUCUCGGUUACAGCCCAGAAACCUGAUUGAUGGGUGGGGCGAGAUCCCUCCUGCAGUGUGUGCAAACCUGUUGAAAAACUACAGGAAACGUUUGACCUCUGUAAUUACAAACAAAGGCUACUGUACCAAAUAUUAACAUCCGUUUUCCCAGGUGUUCAAAUACCUAUUUCUAGCUGUAUCACACAAAUACGUUGUUUAAAAAAAAGCAUACAUUGCUAAUUCUUGAUUUUUCUUUUUUUAUUAUCUCGCUCACAGUGGACAUGCACCUACAAUGAAAAUUUCAGAUCCCUCCAUGAUUUCUAAGUGGGAGAACUUGCAAAAUAGCAGGGUGUUCAAUUAAAUUUUUUCUUCACUGUGUGCUUUUUUAAAACAUGAAAUACUGUGAUUUAUUGUGUUAUUUUCCUUUAUUUCUUUUUAACCUGUUUGGUGGUGAUAGUAAAGAUGGCGAUGUAUUAAUUGCAUUUCUUCUUACCCCAUUCACUGCCUAUGAUAUCAACAGAAAUGCAAUUCAUUUUGACUGGGACACUAUAAUCCCAGUUAUUUAGGCGUCUGUUGCCGUCAAUGGCAAUCGGUAAGCCAAAAGCGGAAGGUGAUUUUGUUUUGAUCAUGAGAAAUUAUAAGCAUGCGAUCUCAAGGCACCACAAUUUAGAAAUUUUGAAAUCUUUACAGGGUCUUUAAAGAUAAUUUGGUAUUUUUAUAGAAGGGAUAAGUAUAGUGUGAGAGAAAGGAAGAGAAAAAGAUUGUUAUCAAUGAGAAUGAGAAAUUUUGGAAAAUAAUUAGUAGAUUUUUCUUUUUUAACGUGGCCGUCAAAUAUAUUAUCAAUCAUGUAAAUCCACUAUCGAUCAGAAAAAAAAAAGUUGAUCCCUCUCCGAUUCCCGUUCUGGUAAGCAUGUUCGUGCCACCACUGAUAUGCCAAUUGCGCCCUCUUGUGUUGUAAUAAGAUCUGCUAUCCCCAAAGCUUGUGCGUUUAUUGUGCAUUUUGAAUCCAUGUUUUUACUUGGACAGCCUGCCACAUUGUGACGCAGUAGGCCGGCAAACGUUUGCACUCUUGGAAAUUUAGCUUUGCUUCAGUGACGCUAUGACGCAUUUGUCAAUGUUUGUUGUUUUAUUUUAAUUAAUACUUCCUGGGGUCGUAAAUGUGACUCCACAUUAAUUGAGAAAGAUCUUAUGUUGUUAUGCUGUGAAUAAUUGACUGUCUCGCGUCUCUAUGGCUCUUCUGUGUUGCAGAGCCAGAAAUUUGUUGUAAAAAUACACAUAAAAAGGGAGGGCAGGGGUCAAAGUCGUUUGAAUGUUUUAAAAAAUGUAGCAUUUAAAUAAUCAAACUGUGUUUUCUGUAUUGCUCCUAUGACGAACAUAGCUGUCCUGCAUGUACACAACAGCUGCAUGUUGUGCAUGUCUGACUGGUCUGGUCUCUUUGCUUUUCUAGAUUACUAGGUUCUCUCUGUGUAGCUGUCAGGAGGCACAUGUGUUUGUUCUAAACAAUCCUGUUCUGCUUUUUGCACAGCACUUUGCCAUUUCAAGUGCCAGUUGUACUGUACAUGCCGGCGGAGGACAACUGGAUGCUGUGUUUGUAAUGUAAAAGUCCUAUUUUCAUGUUUGAGUGUUUGCUACUACUAUCUACGUCUGCAUUUUUCACUCGCUGGUGCAGGGGAAAAUAAAUCAACAUGCCUUACGUGUUGGAGUUUUUUAAACAUUCACUGCUUUUCGUACAUUCUAGUAGGUACAUUCUUAAUUCUACCAAUCUGAUUGAGCUGACAGCAGUGGCUGUUCCUGGCAUGGGCAGGCUGGGCGGUUGCCCGGGGCACCAGGGGGUGCAAAUGUACUGCCACGUUUUGACAUGGGUCUUACAGCGGCCCAGAGUACUCACCUUCCACGCUCCACAUUGCCUUCAGCACCCCUCCAUCCACACCCCUUUUUGGUGCCUUCUGUGUCUCAUGAUGCAGAAAAGGGGAUCAAGGUUAUUAUUUUUGUUAUUAGGGCUUUUGAGAGUUAAGUUUGGGUUACGGUUGUUGAAAGCAGGGGGUGCGGAAGGCGGAAGACGAAGCUUGAUAGGGUUACUCGUUGAAAGCAGGGGGCGCGAAAGGUGAGUACUGAACCCUUCUCCAUGUUGGACGGCAACAUUGUUGACAGUAGGUGACAGAAGAGGAGCUAUGAAUUCAUGGUAGUCCAUUUAAUGACGGUCGCAAGUCAUCUUAAAGCCCAAUAAGGAAACAGUGUUGAGAAUUCUAUGGCUAUUUGUUUAAGAAAAUUAUAUGAAUGUGCUUGUAUUACCAUGUGAACAAAAUACAUUGUGCAAUAGGGAUAAUUUGCUCUUAAUUUUAUUUAGAAAUUAUAGCUUUACUACAGUGUUCGGCUUUA